UUGUCCAAUCUACGCGUAUUGCAAAAUGUACACGUAGGCAAAAUAUGCAAGCGCGUGGUUGAGCGAGACUUAACCUCGAUGGGUGCAUUCGAUGUCGACUACUUCCGGUAAACACGCGGAUCAGUAUUUGCUACGUGUGCAACAUUGAUUAAUAAAAUGAAAUAAAAAGACUGCAGUUUAAAGACAACAGGAUAAGACAAGAGAAAAUGCUAUGAUAGUCUGUUGACUCGGAUCCAGGGACAAAAAAACGUUUAUUGAAGAUUCACUGAUCAGAAUAUUGUGACUUUCACUUUCCGACGGUAGUAUGGAAUGUGUGAUUUUUGGACUCAAUACUCGUCAAGCAAUCAGAAAAUGUAGUAUGGGAUUUUCAGACAUGAGGAUUUUUGCUUCACUUUGACACAGUUGUCUGUGAAUGUUCGACUGUGCUAUGGAAUGCAUGAUUUUUGGGCUGAAUACUCAUCAAGCGAUCAGAAAAUGUAGUAUGGGAUUUUCAGACUUGAGGAUUUUUGCUUCACUUCGACAGUUUUCUGUGAAUGUCAGCUAGAACUACGCAGGUUUGAGCUGUUUAAGCAGCAAGAUACCACAACAUGCAAAGUCUUGCAUCUUUUUCGACUCUGAUUAACGUAAACACGAUUAUUUUUGAGUUCCUGUUAUAUGCCGUUUUAAGUGUUGGGGAUUUCCUGUUGGCAAGAGAGUAUGAAAAUCUUGUGUUUCGAAUCUUCACAGACAGUCUGACACAUGGAUUAGUGGGAUUCUUCUCCUGGGCAAUUGUAAUUGACCUUCGACCUCUGACCUCUACUCAAUGGGUCAGGGGCCUUCUUCAGUGUAUCAUAUGUAUGGGACUGUCUAUGGUGGUUGAUGUGGAUCAUGCUAUUAUGGCGAGAUCUCUAAACCUUAAUGAUCUAGUCUCGUUACCCAGCAGGCCGUACUUUCAUGCGACGACUAUCAUCAUCCCGAUCGCUGCAAUCCUAUGGACCCUGGGAGAUGUGUACAAAGACAGUUUCUAUGGCAUCAUGUGUCCUCUGUUUAUCACAGCCUGGUUGUCACACCAUCUAAGGGAUGCUACAAGACGUGGGUUGUGGUUACCUCCCUUUGGUAGCACUCCUCCUCUCUCACCAUCACUGUACAUUACCAUGAUGAUGAUACUCCCUGUAGCCGUGUUGUUUUUAUUGAGGAUGUCAAAAUCAAAUAUUGUUCAAACGGAUGCAGCUGUUGAUAUGGAUAUAUUGUAACUGAAUACUUGCAUCGAUAUUGGUGCUUUUUUUAUUAAUGAUUAGUCUUUUUGCCUAAUCCUGAUUUUCUGUGAUGGUUUGACUAUUAUUACUUGGAAAUUUUCAGGAGUUAUUGAGAUUUACAUCAAACCCAAAAUUAGAAAUAGAAAUUAUAGAUUUACCUCAGAAAGCUUUAAAUAAUAUUUGACCGUCUUCAUAUGACCCUGUCAUUUGUGAGGACGUUAAACCUCUUAAAAAAUACAAUAUUUGAAAACAUUUUAAAACUUACUAUAUUGCAGCCCCAUGUUGGUAUAUUUCCCUUUCUGUUCAUGAGUCAUCAGUUGAUUGAGAAAUUUGUGACAUUUUAUCCAAACUUAAUUGAAAGUAGUUAAGUGUAGUUGUCCAAGGAUCAAACUGUGUAUAAUUAGGAACAAAAAUAUUCUCAGGUGGCAAAUAUCUAGGACUUCAAAAAGAUUUCGGUUAACUUUAUGGCAGCUCCGCAAUACACCAAUUUCAUGUUUGUCAAAUAUUUAGAUUAUCCAGACCAAAUCAUCAAAAUGGUUAAAAGAAACCAUUUUCUGCAAUCAUUAACAGAUUUGUCUUACGUUAAACUUAUUCAUUAUUUUUCGGUCAACCCUUACAUUGUAUGUAGGGUAUGAUAUCACCCCUAGGGUAUAAUAUCUCUGUCACUCCUUAGGGUGUGAUAUCUCUGUCACUCCUUAGGGUGUGAUAUCUCUGUCAACC